ACUUUUUCCAAACCACCAUUGUUCGUAAUUACUGUAAACUUUUUUCAAAAAUUGAAUACUGGCCCACUUCGUUAUUUCGUUAUUACGCGUCCGGUGUUAAACAGGUUAAAAGUCGAUGAAAUGCUGCAAAACACUGAUAUCCGUCCAUCAUGCCAUCGGCCAAUUGGAAUUAUCUCAGAUAAGAAUGUUCUUGCUGUUAAUGCUUUUUUCUCUGAAAAUUCAAGUCUUUUAGUGAUUGUUCUUGAA